UUCUCUCUCCUCUCUCUCUCUCUCUCUCUCUUUCUCACACUAAAACAAUUUAUAAACCCUUUUUCUUGUACGUCUUUCUUUUCUCUGUCCUCUCGACUCUCUACAAGCAAAGGAUCCGACGUUUACUUAUCCGAUUUGGGGAAAUAUGUCUGAGGCAUCUAAAACACCUCUGGUUCCUAAAGAUGAAGAGAAGUCUGGUGCGGCUGUUAGUACUACUUCUGCAGGGACACCGUCUGGGCAGGGAAGAGUGAGCUAUGACAGGAUUGCUUAAUGAUCCAAGCAUCAAGGAAUUGGCCGAACAGAUAGCCAAAGACCCUUCAUUUAAUCAGAUGGCAGAACAGCUUCAGAAAACCUUUCAAGGUGUUUCAGUUGAUGAGGGUAUUCCCAACUUUGAUACCCAACAAUAUUAUUCAACAAUGCAACAAGUCAUGCAAAAUCCACAGUUUAUGACUAUGGCUGAGAGGCUUGGCAGCGCAUUAAUGCAGGAUCCAGCCAUGUCAGGCAUGCUUGAGAAUUUGACAAAUCCAGCCAAUAAAGAUCAACUUGAAGAGCGAAUGGCACGUAUCAAGGAGGAUCCAUCCUUAAAGCCUAUUUUAGAAGAGAUCGAGAAUGGUGGUCCUGCUGCAAUGAUGAGGUAUUGGAAUGAUAAAGAGGUCCUCCAGAAGUUGGGUGAAGCAAUGGGAUUUGCUGUUGGAGCAGAAGGUGCCACAUCUGCUGGUGAAGCUGCUGAAGAUGAAACAGAGGAAGCAAAUGAUGAGGAAUCCAUUGUUCACCAUACAGCUAGUGUUGGUGAUGUUGAGGGUUUGAAAAAGGCUAUAGCUGAUGGUGCUGAUAAAGAUGAAGAAGACUCCGAGGGAAGGACUGCGUUACAUUUUGCAUGUGGAUAUGGCGAGGUUAAGUGUGCCCAAGUGCUCUUGGAGGCUGGGGCCAAGGUGGAUGCUUUAGAUAAGAAUAAGAACACCCCUCUCCACUACGCUGCUGGAUAUGGCAGGAAGGACUGUGUGGAGCUUCUUUUGAAAAACGGCGCUGCUGUCACUCUUCAAAACUUAGAUGGGAAGACACCAAUUGAUGUUGCUAAACUAAAUAACCAAAACGAGGUACUCAAGCUCCUUGAGAAGGAUGCUUUUCUAUGAGUAGAAAGGCAUUUUGCCCCAUUGUACACUUGCAAUCUCAACGUGUUAUAGGGUCGGUGUGGUAUUAGACUCGUAUAUUUUCAUGAGCGGAGGAGUGUUGGCAUGACAACUUAAUUUGUUGCCUUAAAAUCAUAUAUGGUGGUGUAUGAUGGUAACAUUUCUGGAUUGUUCAAUUUAAUUACAUCGACCGAGUGUUGAAGGAAUACUUGAUUGUGUUGUGGUUUGGGUGAUUCCUGCCUUGAAUAAUCACUCCAUAGUUUGAGGCAGCGGGUGGUUAUAGAUGAUGACAGAGUAUAUCUGAUGUGCAAUGAUCGUCCCUAUGUACUUAGUUUAUAGUCGGUUUGUAUUGAAGUCUGGCAGGCUGCAGUCCAGCUUGAGAAUUUCUGGAAAUGGGUUAUUUGGUAGGUUUUCUGCCGCUGGAAACGGCGUUUA